AUGAUCAAGGACCCCAUCAUUGAUUUUGCGACUGAACCAUCAUUCUCAGCAAACUCGCUAGGCAGGCCGUUCGAAGAGCUCGACAUCAAGCCAUUUCUUGACGAACUCAAUAAUUUCUCUACCCAUCACACGAGAGAUCUCUUCAAAAGCAAGAACACCAAUGCUCCCGAGGCGCAAGCUGAAGACGCGCGGAUAUGCGUCGUCAAGAUUGCGCUCAUGGAAAUCGAACUAUUCCAGGUCAAAUUGGGAAACUCGUUGCUCUUACAGACAUCGUCGACCGACGGGGAGUUACUUGGAAAGUAUUCGUCCUACAUCACGCAAUCACCAGCCUUUUCUCUUCCGGAGCUCGCGACAGCAACUACCGGCGCCGCAAUACCGUCGACGCGAGCGAAUAUGUUCCAGAACUAUUCGGGAAACCGCCGGCCGUAUCACGCAGUCCGGCAGAUUGGAUCACGGGUGGUCGCCCGCGCCUCGAAGACCGCAUCACGAAACCACACCACCUAA